AUGGGCAACGAACCAUCAGCUCCAAAUGAUAAGAUUGAUUUCUUGAGACCAGUUCAAAAGAAGGCACCCGAACCUACUUAAAUCAACAAAGUAUAGCAGAAUGAAUGGAGAAUUGGAUUGCAGCAUCCUCAUCUCUUGUAAACUUUGGGAGGUCAACCUGAAGGUGAUUAGUAUCGAUACUUUUUUGAAUUCUGUCAAAUCACAUUAACAUCACUACUUUAGGAACGCUACGGAACAAAAAAGUACUUCCCUGAAGAAGACUUGUAGGCAUUGCUUUUAGGUAUAAGUAGUGCAUUGAGUUUCUUGUAAGAGAAGGGGUUGUCACAUGGAGAUAUAUGCACAGCAGAAAUCUUCUUUGAUUCUAACAGUUCAAGUUUCAAAGUUUUGGAUUCAAAUUUAAUUAAUGGAAGAGGAGCUUCCAUUCAGUAAUUGCUGUCGGGAAAGUUGAAAUAUCUUGCACCUGAAAUAUUACAAAACCCAACACAACCAUUAUCUGAAUUGCAAUUGAGUAAAGGUGAUGUUUGGUGUUUGGGCAUGGUCAUGUUAGAGGCCAGUACUCUUAAACAAAAUGACAACCUCUAUCAGAAUGGUUUAUAAUUUAGAUUGAUCCAGGAUAGAAUUAAUGAAGUAGCUUAAAUCUACAAUUUACAAUUUGCUGAGAAUAUUGCUCUUAUGCUCAAUUUCAACCCAAAUGAAAGACUAGACCCAGUUAAUCUAUUUAAUUAUCUACUGGAACAAUAAAGAACUGCAAAUGAAUAGGAUUAGUAGGUAGUUUAACAAUAGUAAUAUUAACAAUUACUUCAGUAAUAAUAAUUGUAUUAACAAUAAUUAUGUUAACAACAACAAUAGUAGUAAUAGUAAUAGUUAUUAUAUCAAUAAUCCUCGUAGUAGUAGUAACUGACUUAUCAAUAGGCUUAGUAAUCUCAAUUAUAAUAUUAACAAUAACCUAUAUAAUAUUUACCUUAAUAAGUUGAACAAUAGAACUUCUAAUAAUAACAGGUAUAAUAGGCAUAACCAUCACAAUUACAGCAACAACCCCAAGUCCCUCCCUAAUAUCUUCAAUAAUAGUAAUAAUAAUAAUUAUAGACAAUCCAAUAAUAAUAAUAAUACAAUACUCAAUAAACACAAUAUUCAUAGUAAUAGCAAUAGCAAUAACAAUUUACUUAAACUCAACAAUAAAGAUAAAACUACCAUCAAUCAAGACCAUCCUAAGAUUUUAUGAUGACUCAACCUGAUAUGAAUCAAACUAUGUAAGGUGGUGUUUCAAGAGAAAGAGUUCCCACCAAAGUAAUUAAGAAAUUAGUUUAUCCUGAUGGAAGAGUUGAAUACUAAGAGAAAUCACAGUCUGCUUCAAGAAUGGUCUAAUAGCCCUAAUAGUAGAAACCACAACAACCAGUUCCUUAACAAUAAUAACAACCCUAAGCAAUGCCACAGCAAUAAUAAAUUAUGGCUCAAUAAUAAUAGAUAAUGGCCCAAUAAUAGUAGAUGAUUUCUCAAUAAUAAAUGACUUCCUAAUAAUAAUAGUUUACUUAAUAACCUCAAUAUAACCCAUAAUAUUAAUAGCAAUAAUAUUACUAGUAGCCAUAACCUUAAUAUCAACAGAGGUAGAAUGUUCUUGGCAACAUUGAGAAUUAAAUGCAUGGAGUUUCUAAUGAAUAAAACAUCACCAGAUUGAAAUAAGAAAUUGAACACUCAAAAACUUUAAUUUAAUAAUACAACCAACAAAAACCUUCAGUUUAGGCUGAAUCUAUUGAGGAGAGAAUUAGAAAGGUUAUCGCCCAAUCAUAAGCAUUAAGAGAAAACUUCGCCUGA